AUGGCGAAAGAAUUCAAAAGAUCUACUACACCAACCAAAACAGUUGAGGAGUCCAGUGUGGAUCAUAUUGAGCUUCGAGAUAUUCAAGAUGAAUCUCGGGAUUCUACCAGAGAUGAGAAGUUGCUGGUGCGCCGCAUCGAUCGUCAGCUCCUGCCUUGGCUCUGUCUUCUCUAUGCUUUGUCGCUGAUUGACCGUACCAACAUUUCCUCCGCAAAGGUAGCCGGCAUGGCCGAGGACCUGAAUUUGGUUGGAAAUCGCUACUCUGUUGCCCUUGUGGUGUUCUUCGGUCCUUAUUUGAUCAGCGAGCUGCCGAGCAAUUUCAUCGUUCGGAGGGUGGGAACCCGAUAUUAUCUUUCUUUCCUGAUAGUCUCAUGGGGCACAAUCGCCAUGUGCAUGGGGUUUGUGACACAAUAUUCGCAACUGGUUGGAUUGCGUCUUAUCCUAGGCCUCUUUGAGGGGGGCUUCAAUCCCGCAUGUAUCUACCUCAUAUCCUCGUGGUACAAGCGAUAUGAAACCCAGCAGAGACUAUCCCUUUGGUACAUGUCAGGAUCCGUGAUCUCGGGUUUCAACGGCAUUAUCUCCUACGGACUUAGUACACUUGAAGGACUCGGCGGCAGACGAGGAUGGAAUUGGAUUUUCAUUAUUCCUGGGGCGAUCACUGUUUUUCUGGCCAUCCCCAUUUUCCUUUUCUUGUCAGAUUUCCCCGAGAAAGCCUCAUGGCUGAGUGCAAGUGAUCUCCACGUUGUUCAGGAAAGGUUACGAGAAGACCGUGGAGAACAAUUGGAUGACAAGAUCACAUUCCGCAAAGCCCUUAAGGACCUCCGAGACUGGAAAGUAUGGGUACUGGCAAGUCUUCUGUUCUUCCCCACAGCCGGCUCUUAUACUAUGGCUUUCUUCACUCCAUCAAUUCUUGCUGGCCUGGGGUAUAACGUGGCCCUCAGUCAGAUCCUGGUUACACCACCCUACCUGGCAGCCGCCAUCUUUGCCAUUGCAGCGGGAAUAAUAUCGGAUCGUGUGCACACUCGAAGUCCUUUCAUCGUUGGAUUCAUGCUUCUGACCUGUGUCGGGAUGAUAAUGAUUGGUUGGGGCAAUAGCACCGCCUGCAAAAUGGUUGGAAUAUAUUUCGCGGUUAUCGGAAACAACUGCGCAAUCCCAACUGUGUUAGCCUUCCUGUCAAACAAUAUUGUUGGCUCGAGCAAAAGGCAGAUUGCUGUUCCUCUUCAGACCAGCAUGGGUGCUAUUGGAGGAGUUUUCGGGUCAUUGGUGUUUCGGGAGCAGGACUAUCCUGGAUAUCGCCCUGGGCUAUAUGCUUCUAUUGUCUGCUUGGUAGUCUGUAUCCUGAUAACGCUUUUUAUCACUGCAUUCUUCCACCGUGAGAAUCAAGCUGCCGAUAAAAAGGGGAAGGUUUUAGAAGGACUGGAAGGAUACCGUUAUACGCUUUGA